GGCAGCACAACAACGUACUCACUGGAUUCGGCCGUUGAGAAAUUACAACAGGCUUUGCUGAAAAGAUCAAAAAUUCAACUUCCCGACUGCUUCGUCCAAAAAAAAACAAAUCGUAUGGCCCGGGUCGCAUUCUUCUGCUGAAAUGCCUCGGUUGGCAGCACCACCUCUGCCGGUUCCCUCCCACAACCUGCUUCGAUUCUUGCGCUCCCAGACCGAUGGCCUACUAAGCUUCGAUGCGGCCAGUACGACCACCUGCAGGACCUCGAGGGUCAUGCCCGCCGCUCACGGUCCCCUUGGUCCGCGCGCGCUGACAUGCAAGGCCAAGACGCUGGCUCUGCCACCAGGACGUCGCUCCUUCUGUACAUCCCACCUGCGACCUCAGCGGACGGAGGGGGACGGUAGCAGGAACUUCAUAUUCGACAUGAACAAGAUCCUGCCCCGCGUCUUUCGCCGACAGAGGGGCUCCAACUCCAGGAGUACACUAGGGGGUCAAUAUCCGGACGAAGACCGGCCAAACGCCUACCCCCGAGCCACCAAGCCGACAUGGCAGGAGAAGCUCGGUUGGGGAGGCGCUAAGUCUUUGGGGAGCGAUAUGGGAGGUCCCGGCAGCAGUGAUGACUGCGGGCCAGACAACAACUUCACUUUUGGAUCCAGACGGGCGCAGCUCAUGCGCGCUCCCAUGGACCCAAGACUACGGUGCACCGAGGUUGACGAGAACGGCGAGGUCAUAUUAGUAGACGGGGAGUACAAGAAGAGCGAGCUGAUUGCAAAGUACGGUCUUCUCCCUCGAGAUCUCCGCAAGAUCGACUCGUCGAACCUGCCGCAUAUCCUCGUCCGUCCCUCAGCUAUUCUCAUCAAUCUACUGCAUCUUCGCGUACUUAUCAAGUCCGACCGGGUGCUUCUGUUCGACGUCUUUGGAUCAAAGACAUCAUACAACCAAUCAGCCUUCAUGUAUGACCUACAGGGCCGUUUACGGCAGAAGCAACCAGCGGGAAGUAAUGCGGUGCUCCCAUAUGAGUUCCGUGCCCUAGAAGCUGUCCUGAUCUCGGUCACCAGUGCGUUGGAGGCGGACCUCCUCACGGUGCGUGAGCCCGUGGUCAGGGUAUUGCGGGAGCUCGAAGACGACAUCAACCGUGACAGGCUGCGAAUCCUGCUCGUUCUUUCAAAGAAGGUCAGCACCUUUGAGCAAAAGGCCAAGCUGGUGCGAGAUGCCAUCGAUGAACUGCUCGAAGCCGACGAUGACCUUGCGGCCAUGUACCUGACGGAGAAGAGACACGACCUUUACAGGGGUGAGGAUGACCACACCGAGGUUGAGAUGCUGCUCGAGUCGUACCACAAAAUCUGUGAUGAAGUGGUUCAGGAGGCGAGCAGUUUGGUUUCCAGCAUCCGCAACACAGAGGAAAUCAUUCGCGCCAUUCUCGAUGCCAAUCGUAACUCCCUCAUGCUUCUGGAUCUCAAAUUCAGCAUCGGCACCCUUGGCUUGGCCAUGGGUACCUUCCUGGCCGGUCUGUACGGUAUGAACUUGGAGAACUUCAUCGAAGAGACUAACUGGGGCUUCGCUGGCGUUACCACCUUCUCCAUCUUUUUCUCUCUUCUGGUCUGCAGGUAUGGCCUUGUCAAGCUGCGAAAGGUCCAGCGGGUCAAGAUGCACGGAACCGACGGCGGCACCACUUCCUCGUGGUUCCGGGAAAAUGUCCAGACUAUUGAGCAGGGGAACGCACCGGGUCUUGGCGGGAACAUGGGCCCCAUCGAUAAGUUUCGGCGGGUUAAAAACAAAACCAACAACACCUCAUCCAAUCCGGGGAAAUGGGUCUAACGAUGUACUAAUGAUCAACCAUGGUCUUUUGGACAAAAAAAGUGCAUGUUGGGUUACUGACGAUAGGCGCAGAGGGUCUGAUACUGUCCUUCAACUCUACACCAGACGAAAAAGUGUGAGGGUUUAUGGGGCUUUUCCAACUUACAAUGUACUAAAAGAUGUAAAAUAACCACGGCUCAGACACGAGCCCAUACUUUUGACGCAGCGACCAGCUGGAUUUUUAGAGACACCUAUCAUAUUUUAGAGUAAAUGGCUGGGUACUUACCACCACUCUCCAAAGGGACUUUCAAAUAGACACCGUACCAGGGUAUCGAAUAUCAGUCUUAUCUCAACCUCUCUCUUCAAGGAGUUGAGUUGAGAGCCUUGACAACUUCAAGUCAACCAAAGCCCACUUGUCUAAAUCUUCUUUGUUAUCUGCAACUCAACAGUAAUAUGAGUCCAUAGGGAACUUAAUUCAUUCGUUUACCGUAGUUGGAUCGCGAUCCUCGGGUCAUGAUUCCCGGUACCAAGAUUACGCUCAAGGCAGCAGCCUAAGAAGCGUCUUACCCAGAUGGGCUGUCACACGAACGAACAGGCAACGGGUCAUAACUGAUCACAAAACGCUACUCGUGGGUCAUCUCCAAUAUCACAAGAGAGUCACCGACGAUACAAUACCUCUCUCGGAACUCCGAGCAACUUACUUCCACACGACGAGGUUUCAGGAGGACACACCCUUCGCCUAACCAUCUCACCCGACAUCCGACGAU